AUGGUUAUGGGAGUGGAAGGUGAAGAGAAUAUGGGGGAGAAGGAAGGAAGCUUUGAUUGGGAAGGGGAAGAUGAUGAAAUUGAAGAAGACGGAGUGGAGGCGAUACGAGUAGUGGAACAGAAAAUAGGAGGCUAUGAUUGUCCUUUGUUUAUUCUGUCUAAAGCGGAAGAGAAGAGAAUCCAAAAACCAUGGAAACGUGGGGUUAUUGUCAAGCUGUUGGGAAGGCGAAUUGGUUACAAGGCUUUGGAGACAAGAUUGAAGCAAAUGUGGGUGAAGAAAGGAAUAAUAAACAUUAUAGAUUUAACUAAUGAUUAUUAUCUUGUCACUUUCACUCAUGAUCAGGACCAUAUGAUGGCUUUGAUGAAUGGCCCAUGGUUCAUUUAUGAUCACUACUUAACUGUGAAAGAAUGGUGUCCAAAUUUUCAUCCCCAGAGUGACACGAUCAAAUCUGUUGCAGUAUGGGUGAGAAUUUCGGAGCUUCCUGUUGAGUACUACGAUUGUAGAGUUUUACAUCACAUUGGCAACAAGAUAGGGAAAACAGUCAAAGUUGAUAAGAAUACAGUUAUGCAUGCUCGUGGCAAAUAUGCUCGUAUCUGUGUUGAGAUUGAUUUGACCAAGUCACUUGUAGCUAUGUUUAUGAUUCAAAAUCGGUCCUAUAAGGUGGAAUACGAAGGAUUACAUUUGCUAUGUACUAAUUGUGGGAAGUUUGGACACUAUAAGGAAGGCUGCCCAAAUAAAGAAGAAACAAUGGAUGCUCAAGAUAGAAGGAAUGAUGAUGUUGCGGUUACGAUGCAGAACGCAACUAUGGAGAAUACUUGUCAAAAAGUAACAGGCAACAUGGGAAGUGAGGUUCAAGGCCCUUGGGUGGUGGUCCAGAAACCACGACGAACGCGUAAGAGGAAAGAAAAGGAAGGAGCUGGUUUUUCUGGUGGUGGGAAGAAGAAACAGACAAGCAUUAAUGAGACAGGGAACAAUACUCCGAUGGCUAUCAUGAAUAUUCCAAAAAUAGGAGGAUCACGUUUUAAUGCUUUGAAUGGUAAUUUGGAAGAAUUAAUAGAAAUUGAUUUUGCUAUAAAGAAUAAUAAUGAGAUUGGGUCCACAUCCAAUCAUGAGAAGGAGACAAAUGACAACACAAUUGGAGAAAAAAUGGAAAGAAAUAAUGCUGAUAUAAAAGGAAAUAUGGUUAAUACAGAUAAGCACCAAACAGGAAGGAACAUUAGUGAAGAUCUAGCUUAG